AUGAAUUAUGAUAACCCUGGCAUUGAAGACCUGUACGUAAAUACCCGCUGGCAUAAUCAGUUCAGAUAUAUGGAUACAUUGCCUGAUCACCUCCAAGAAAAAAUUAAUAAAAGUUUGCGCCUAAAAUCUGCAAUUUAUCCUGCAUUGCAACAAGAAUACAGACAAAUAUCAUCUGCACUCGUUACUACCAAGUCCAAUGAAAAUAAUAAUGUGGAGACCAUUACACAAUUUCAAAACCAGGGAUCUGUUUUAAAACGAUACCAAACAUUAGUAUCACAAAAACCUGACUGGCAUGCGCCUUGGAAAUUAAUGAGAGUGAUAAAAGGACAUAAUGGUUGGGUACGCUGUGUACAAAUUGACCCAGUAGACAACGAGUGGUUUGCUACAGGUAGUAAUGACACAACCAUUAAAAUUUGGGAUUUAGCUUCAGGUAAAUUAAAAAUAACAUUGUCUGGCCAUGCAAUGACUGUUCGAGAUAUUGCAAUUUCUAAUAGACAUCCCUAUUUAUUUUCUGCAAGCGAAGAUAAAUUGGCUAAAUGUUGGGAUUUAGAGAAAAACACUGCUAUUCGAGAUUAUCAUGGCCAUUUAUCUGGUGUUCAUACUGUAGAUAUUCAUCCAACUUUAGACUUAAUAGCUACAGCGGGUAGAGAUUCUGUUGUUAAAUUAUGGGAUAUUAGAAGCAGAGUCCCUGUGGUCACAUUGAUUGGGCACAAGAGCCCUAUAAAUAAGGUACAUUGUUUACCAGUUAAUCCACAGGUUAUAAGCUCAUCAGUUGAUGCAACUAUUAGAUUAUGGGAUAUUGUUGCUGGUAAAGCGUCUAAGGUUUUGACACACCAUAAAAGAAGUAUUAGAGAUAUUGCAUUUCACCCCUCUGAAUUUUCAAUGGCCACAGCAUGCACUGAUGAUAUACGUUCAUGGAAGUUACCGGAGGGCUCAUUACUAACUAAUUUUGAAGCUAGCAAGGUCGGUAUUAUUAAUUGUUUGAGUAUAAACCAGGACAAUGUUUUAUUUGCUGGUGGUGAUAAUGGUGCCCUUUCCUUUUAUGAUUAUAAAUCAGGACAUAAAUACCAAUCUCUAGAAACACAAGCGUUACCAGAAUCCCCUGAUGCUGAACGUAGUAUACUAGCAAGUACGUUUGAUCAAACUGGCUUACGUUUAAUAACUUGCGAGUCAGAUAAAACUAUUAAGAUGUGGAAACAAGAUACGAACUCAACUGUUGAAACUGCCCCAGGGUUACCAUGGAACCCGACCCUUCAGUCUCAGAGAUUUUAA